AUGUAUUAUAUAAAAAUAUCUCUCAAUAAUGAAGAUAAUACUGAAGUAUCAACUCAUAAUGAGGUGUCUGAUCAAUACAAAUCAAAUAAUAAAAAAGUUAAGCAUAAUAAUAUACAUGGAGAAAGUGAAAUUAGAAGUUGGAUUUGGCACUAUUUUGAUCCAGAAUAUGAAAACAAUAUAAGAGUUGCGAUUUGUAAAGUUGAAACAGUUAAAGGAACAAAAUGUGAUAAAAAAAUACAAAAUUGGUAUAUCUACAAACUUUUAGAAUUAAAAGGAUAUAUUCGCAUACUUGAAGCUAAUUUAGCUAAAAAUAGUAAUCAAGAUAACCCUUUUGAAGAAGUAACUAGAUAUCUUGGUAGUAGUAACUAUGCUACUUACAGUAUAAUAAGUCCUUUAUUAACCACAAUUCUUAAGAUGCUAAAACCUGCUUCAUUAACAAAUGAAACAAAUGAAAUAAAUAUUGAAAAAAUUGAAGAUAUUUUUAAAAGAGAUAUCACUUCAUAUUUACUUUCUAUUCUUGAUUCAUGUGUUAAAAAAAUAGAAUUCGCAUCUGAUAAGAUAGAUGAGAUUCAAGAAUUAUUAAAAAAUAAAUAUUAUAAUAUGAAAAAUAAUUUAAAAGUAAACCUAACUACAGCUUCAACAUCUACAAUAUCAGCACAAAACCUAUCAAAUAUAUGUUCUUUUCCUAAUUCUACAUUGACUACGCUUUACAAAUCUAUACUUUUCAAUAUAUUUAAUAAUCUACCAACUGUCAAUUCACAAAGCGAACUUGAUGAAUAUCUUGCA